AUGGGUCGCGUUAGAACUAAGACUGUCAAGAGGGCCUCCAAGGUUCUCAUCGAGAAGUACUACCCCCGUCUUACCUUGGACUUCCAGACCAACAAGAAGAUUGCUUCCGAGGUCGCCAUCAUCCCCUCCAAGCGUCUCCGCAACAAGAUUGCUGGUUUCACCACCCACUUGAUGAAGCGUAUCCAGCGCGGACCCGUCCGUGGUAUCUCCUUCAAGCUUCAGGAGGAGGAGCGUGAGCGCAAGGAUAACUACAUCCCCGAGUUCUCGGCCCUCGACACCUCUGCUAUUGAGAUCGAUACCGACACCAAGGCUCUUCUUAAGUCUUUGAACUUCGAGGAUUUGGCCGGUGUCACCGCCGUCGAGGUCAAGCAGACCCCCGUUGAGCGCAAGCCCCGCGGUGACCGCCCUCCCCGCGCUUAA